AUGACGUAUUCAUCUUGCAAGAUCAAUUUUUUUAUUUUGUUGUGUUUUCUUAUAAAAGAGGGAUGUGUGGCGGCGCCCAUAUUGAACUCUACCGUAAGCCGAGCGGGUCGUCACAAACGCUGGGAAGAUGAAGCAUACGACGACUACAGCGGAGGGGAAAUUGAUUAUACCGAGGAGACUGAGGAGGAGGCAAGAAUUAAGAAAUUAUUAUUAAACUGGGAAAAACUCGCACUCAAAGGCAUCUUUGGUUUGUCCUUCAUCUCUUUGAUCUUCAUGGUGUGGUUCAUCUGUUGUAAGAACUGCUGUAAAUAUCUCAUCUGGGGCCCUUUGAAGGAGGCCUUUAUCGACUAUUGGACAAGAUUUUGUCCUUGCUGCGUGAAGGACAAACAGUUCCAUAGAAUGAAAGUGCAAGCCGAAAAGUUUGGACUGAAGCUAACACCCUCAACAUUCGCUCAGCUGAGGCGAGUGGCAGAACAGGCAGCGGAGACGAUGGGGUACGAUACCUCAAAUCAACCUGCUUACAUGUGAGUUUCCACAAACACUCUACACGGACAGAUGCUUGUAAUCUUGGUAGGAUCUUAUCUUGUUUUGACAAGCAUUUUUCAUUUUUAUUUUAUUUGGUUAUAAGAAACUUGAGUGUGCUGUUCGGCUGUACAAAUGGAAAUAAACUUUUUGUCUUCGUUAAUUUUUAGCAUAUAGUAUAAUUUAUGGUAAAACACAAAGCACUGUGUAUUGACAACUCUUGUGUUUCGUUGGAAGGAAUGCAAACAUUAUAAAAUUUUAGUGUGCGAAAAUAAUUUUUAUCGUGUAAAUUAUUAUUCCUCUAAUAAAGCUUAAAUUGUAUUUAUAAA